AUGUAUCUGUGCCACUUUUCAUCAACCACUCUACUAAAAAAACUGAGCGGCAACCGCCGGUCAAUGGCGCCAUCGCUUCACACCCUAUCACUACUCUUCUUCUUCUUCUUCUUCUUCUGCUUCCUUCGUCUUUCUACGGCAUGGCGCCCCUUGCCCCGUAUGAAAAACAACGUCACGGAGCUCGAAUUCGGAGGCUAUAAAAAGUACGAAGGGUCGUCGGAGUUCGUCAAAUUAAAAUAUCACAUGGGACCAGUUCUUACAUCUAACAUCACCGUGCACAUUAUCUGGUACGGAGCUUGGCCAAGCGCCCAGAAACGAAUCAUCCGCGAGUUCAUCAACUCAAUAUCAGCCGCCGCCGACCACCGCUCGCCGUCUGUUUCUGGUUGGUGGAAAACCGUCCAGCUCUACACAGACCAAACCGGUUCCAACAUCACCCGGUCGGUCCGGCUUGGGCAAGAGAAAAACGACCGGUUGUUAUCUCAUGGGAAAACCCUAACCCGUCUAUCCAUACAAUCGGUGAUAAAAUCCGCCGUCACGGCGAAAACAAAACCCUUACCGAUUCAUCCGAAAGGCGGUGUAUACCUUUUACUCACCGCCGAUGACGUAUACGUCGAGGAUUUCUGCAAAAAAUGUAUGUGUGCAUACCCUUUCUCUGUACCUGAUUAUAUCCCUGGUUUGAAACCUCUGAAAUCGCCCAAUGGUGAGGCGGCGAUCGACGGGAUGAUUAGUGUGAUAGCUCACGAGAUUGCGGAGGUAGCUUCGAACCCGUUGGCGAACGCCUGGUACGCCGGUGAAGACCCGUCGUUUCCGGUGGAGAUCGCCGAUCUAUGUGAGGGUAUUUACGGGACCGGUGGUGGUGGGUCCUACACUGGGCAGAUGUUGAACGAUGAAGAUGGUGCCACGUAUAAUAUGCAUGGGAUCCGACGGAGGUUCUUGGUGCAGUGGGUGUGGAAUCAUGUGGUAAAUUACUGUACUGGCCCGAAUGCGCUUGAUUGA